AUGGAGGAAGCGUCCGAUUUCAUCAAUGAAGCUCUGACUUCGGCUAGGACGAGUAUAAAGAGAACGAAGAGUGGGGAUGUAAUCUCCACGGAGGCACGCAUGAGGGAGACUGUCAAGGACUUCCAAUCGGGGCCGACGGCGAUUCCUAUGCAGCGGUCCUUUGCUGAGGUUACAGGCGAAGAGAAUGGUGUAGCAGGAGACUCUUUCCCCUGGCUAGCUGAUGAGGAAGCUCCGGAUCUGGAUCCUCUGGAUCCUAGCCUGGGUGAGAUCACGAAGUGGGGAUUUCAAACGAUAUUGAAGGAAGAUGGUACAGUUGAAAUUCGCAGCAGUAGAGAAGCAAGAGUGAGGAUGUGCCAGCGGUGGAAGAACGCGCUGAUCGUUAAACUCUUAGGGAAGAAGAUUGGAGUGGGAUUUAUGAAGAAAAGGCUUGAAGCUCUUUGGGCCAAGGCAGGAAGCAUUACGGUGGCUGACCUUGGCAACGAGUAUUUCUCGGUUCGUUUCAGCAACCUAGAAGACCUUAACCUUGCCAUUACUGCAGGACUGUGGAUUAUUCUUGGGCAUUAUCUGGCCACAAGAAUAUGGGAACCGAGGUUUGAUCCUGAUAAAGAAAACAUUCACAAGGUGGCAGCCUGGAUUCGUCUUCCAGGCAUACCUCAGGAGUACUGUGAAUUUCCUUUUUUAAACCAUCUGGGCACUGUGUUAGGGAAGGUGCUUAAAGUGGACAGGACAACUUCCACAGGGGACAGCGCGCUUUGCUCGUAUGGCCAUAGUUCUGACUCGUGUCCAGAGUUUGCAAAGCCUGGACCACCUGCUGGCCAUGAAACUGAGUUGGCUCAACCUGUGGAGGUCCCUGGUCCUCAAGGAAUAGGAUCAUGGACGAUAGUUCAGCGGAGGAAAAAAGGAAAUCAGAACUUUCAGAAGGAAGAUUCGAGCAACACCAGGAAUUUUGGAGAGGACAUCUCCAAUAAAAGUAACACUCUAAGGACUGAGUCGACAACUAGAAGGGUACCUAACCCCCAGGAAGUAGUUCAGGAAAAGAUUCCUAAAGUGGGCACUUCUGUGCUGAAGAAGAACAAGGAGAAUGAGGCAGCUAAGAGUUCCAAACAGGGAUUGAGACUAAGUAUGGAAUUCACUGCUGUGAAGCCGACUAGUAGCUCAGGUCCUGUUCAGCCUGCCAAAAAAGUGUCCACGAAGACUUCAGCUGGCAAAGGAAAAGGCUCUGGAAAUCCUAAAGCCCUUGUUGUGGUUCACAAGAAGAAUAUAUCUAGCAAUUCCACCCCCAACUCUCUUCAUCCCUCUCCAGUGAAGCUCAAGAGUAAGCUAUGGAGUGAUAUGGUGAUGGAAGAAGAGCUUGCUCAACAGGAGGACCGUGCAAAGCUUAAUUGUAAGUUUUCCUCUGCUGUGGGAUUGGGGUGUGAGGACUCUAUGGAGAUUCCUGUUCCUCCUGAUAUUUUCCUGAAUGCAGAAUCAAAGAAGGGGGUAAGCCAAUCAGGUAUGGAAGUUGAUUCUUGCCUAUGCAAUGAUUCGGGUAAUUUAAUUCUUGUUGAUAGGGUUAUUAUCUGUGAUAAAGUGAUGACUGAAACUUGUAAUCAAUGUGCUGCAAAAAAACAAUUCAAGAGCACUUUUUGCAGGUUCUGUAGAAAGCAUAAGGUAGGAUUGGCUGCUAUUUUAGAGCCUAGAGUUAGUGGUAUUAAAGCUAGUAGUAUAAUUCGUAGACUGGGUUUUACUAACCAUUUUGUUGUAGAUGCACAUGGUUUUGCUGGAGGAAUUUGGGUGGUUUGGAAUAAUAAUGAUGUCAAACUAUCUCUCUUGGGGAAGCAUGACCAGUUUAUCUACUGUUGGGUGGAGUUUCCUGGUUUAAAGGGUUUUUUUUGGACGGCUGUGUAUGCCAGUCCGCAGGAGGAAAAAAGAUUACAACUAUGGGAAGAUCUUAAGCACAUUGGGAGGAAUAUGAAUGAGGCUUGGAUCCUUUCUGGGGAUUUUAAUGAAAUCAUGAUGGCUUCAGAAAAAAGGGGUGGAGGGCUAGUAGAUGUGAACAGAUGUAACAGAUUUGCUAACACCUUAAGUGCUUGUGGGGUACUUGACUUGGGGGGAGAUGGUAAUAGAUUUACUUGGAGGGCCCCCAAAUUCUCACACCUUGAUAGAGUUUUCAAGAGGUUGGAUAGGGCUGCUGCGAAUGAAGGGUGGAGGACAGAGUUCGAGGAUGCUGAUGUGCUGGUUCUCCCCAGACUCUUUUCAGAUCAUUGUCCAAUCCUGGGAUUGGAACAGGAAUGUCUUUGGAUUCACUCAGUUAAGGAAGAACAGGGUAAUAGCAGGCUUGAAGGAAUUCAGAGAGCAAUUGACUCCUCUAAUAGCAUCCAGCUUGAGAAAUUGGAAGCUGUUUUGAGAGAUGAGCUAGCAGUCAUUUUGGAUCAAGAGGAACAAAUUUGGUUCCAGAAGUCCAGAACUCAUUGGAUAAAAGGUGGAGACAGAAAUACUAGUUAUUACCACACUAGUACUGUUAUCCGCAGGAAGCUUAACAAGAUUAUUAAACUCCAGGAUGGGAAUGGACAUUGGGUCUCUGGUGAGAGGGAGCUGAUUGCUCUUGUUAGGGAUUUUUUUCAAAAUCUGUUCAAGGCUAGUGCUGAAGAACCCUCUUAG